UGGCCAGUCUCCUGAUGAACAAACUCAAGUCAGAGAGAACCCACUUCAUAUCUGACAAAAAUGGGAUCAGCAUCACAUCCGAACGUUCGUUUGAGAAUGGAAAACUUCACUUACGUGUGGAAGAGACCUUUGAGAGCGAGAUAACCCUGCAUGUGAAGAACACUGGAACAGAAACUGUGUAUUUCACCUACUACACACCUCUACACUGGCUCAAGUGCUUGUCGCUGGUUGACGAGCAGAAAGUGACCAAACAGAACCCCCUGACACUAAAACCAGGUGACAGCUAUAAAAUCCAGGCUGUCUUCCGCUUCAGCUUGGUUGGUUUCUAUCCAGCUACACUCGCCUUUGAAUUCAAACCAGACCUGCAGCCAUCCUCUGCUGCAUUUUACAUUGUGCGCUUUAUUGAGGCUGAGUGUGUAACUUCCUUGGGACUGGAGCUAGCACCUACAGCCCCCUACAAACCUCGCUCCAUCCCCGCCUGGACUCCUGAGGCACAUUACACAAUUGUGGAUGGGCUGCCAGCUGAAGGGCUGUCAGUAAUGCGUCUAAAAAAUGUGGUUGAGCUAAAACGGUAUCGAGUACCAUCAUACAUACAUGACCUCCUUAAAUCACUGAAGCACUCCUGGCCCAAUGCUAAAAGAGCCAUACUGGAGAGUCCCUUGAACUGGGAGAACUACACAGAGAGGUUCCAGGUGCUGCUGUAUCUGGAGGAGCUUCAGAUGGAGGUGGACAUCAAGAGAUACAACAUCCCCAACACUGACAAAGGACACGCUACCAUGACUAAAGACAAAACGAACAAGAAGCUUCUUGUUCUGGAGGUGCCUGGUGUGGCUGAGAACCGUCCCUCUGUGCUCCGAGGAGACAAGCUGCUGGUGUAUCCUGUUGGAGAACCAGGGGUCAAGUACUGUGGCUACGUCCACAGUGUGCAGCUGGACAGUGUUAAACUGGGUUUCAGCUCCCAGUUGGUCAGCCGCUUUGUAGAAGGUAUGAAGUUCAGUGUUGAGUUCACUAUAAACCACGUGACUCUGCGUCUCCAGCACAGAGCGGCAGAACUGGCCUUUUCACGUAGACUGGAAAGCGUGUUGUUUCCUGCUGAACCCAACAUGUCCUUUCAGCCAAAGGACCUUCCCAAUCUCAGGCUGUUUGAUAGGCAGCUGGAGAAAAAUCCAGAGCAAUAUCAGGCAGUACAACACAUUGUAGCUGGCUCAUCCAAACCUGCCCCCUACCUGAUUUUUGGUCCACCUGGAACAGGAAAAACAGUGACUGUGGUGGAGGCCAUCAAGCAGAUAGAGAAGACACAAGCUAACUGCUACAUUCUGGCAUGCACUCCAACCAACAGUGCUGCUGAUCUGCUUUGCAAGAGGAUUCUGGAGCAUGUGGACAAGCGUAAAGUAUAUCGCAUGUAUGCCAGCAGCUGGAACCCAACACUUGUUCCUGAUGAACUAAUG